AAUGCAAACUAAUUAAAAUGAUGAGUUUUAUCUCAGAUAUUAGUACAAUUUUAAGAAGUAUUAUAUAGUGUUGGACAUAAGGGUGUUUAUGGACAUGAAUUCCUUGAAUUUGAGUUUAGGAGUGAUGGAAGAUUACGAUAUGCAAAUAAUUCUAACUAUAAAUAAGAUGUAUUAAUAAGAAAGGAGUGUUUUGUUUCAGAGUCAGUUAUUUCAGAGUUCAAAAGAAUAAUUGAAGAAUCAGAAAUAAUAAAGUAAGAAUUGAAUAUUAUUUUAAUAAGAGAAAAUGAUUCAAAAUGGCCAGCACCAGAUAAAAUUGGUAGAUAGGAAUUAGAAAUUAAAUUAGGUAAUGCACACAUUUCAUUUACUACAUCAAAACUUGGAUCAAUACAUGAUGUUUAAAGUAGUUAAGAUCCAGAUGGUUUAAGAGUUUUCUUUUAUUUAAUUCAGGAUUUGAAAUGCUUUGUAUUUUCAUUAAUUGGACUUCAUUUUAGAGUAUUCAUCUAUUUAAUUAUAAUAGAUAAAACCUGUGAAUUGA